AAACAGUAUACCCUAGCAUCCAACAGCUACAGUUUGACUGACAGUCUUUCUAGCCAAUCAGCGCGCUGCACACGCCACACGUGGUUCCUCCACGGGGCGGGGCAGCACGCACAGAGCAAGGAACAGAGGCUAGACAAACGCUACAUUUCCACAUCCACCAUCGUCUUUACGUCAAAACAUUUAACAAACAGUGCGACGCGCUGAAUAAUACUGGUUCGUUGCGGUGAGAAACGCACUGUGAACACCGGAAAGCUUCCGCGGGGCCGACGAGCGCUGCACGAGGUGAGGUUCAGAAACGGCCGGGGAAAGAAGGCCUCCCUUCAGCGCUCUUAGACCUGCGGGGAAAAGUGAAGAGCGCCGCCUGACGACCGCCAUACAGCGGGGUGGCUAGCUCAGGAGACAGCGGGGCGCGCCAUAAGCUCUGGUCAAAUCUGAAGAGCGCCACCAACUGCUCGCCGAAAGUUGUUUUUUUUUUCCAGGUUGUUUUGAGGCUUAGGAUUCAUAUUGAGCAUAAGAAUGCAUACUGAACCCAGUGACUGUGACUCAUAACCCCAGCACUGCAUCUGCUCUUCAGCACACCAAGAGACUCUGCAUCUUAACAAGUUUAGAACUGUGCAGUUACCAUGAGUGAGCAGGAAUAUGUGGAGCAUCAGUACAUGUGCAGUGAGUGCCAGCAGCUCUUUAAUACGCUGGAGGAGGUGCUGGUGCAUCAGCAGAUCCACACCGGAGCAGAGGGGGACGAGGUCGAGGUCUUGCCGAGCCUUGAGGACUGUGACGCUGGGAAGAGCCAGUAUCAAUGCCUUGAGUGUGGAGCCAUCCUCAGGAAUCCAGAUGAACUGCUGCUGCAUCAAGAGCUGCACAUGAGAGAGGCAGGCCAGGAGCUGUGUGAGGUCACAGAGGUGGAUGCUGUCGAUGCAGAAGUGCCAAUCCAGUAUCAGUGUUUGGAAUGUCUGGCUCUGUUUGACACACCUGAGCUGUGGUUGGCUCACAGACAGGCACACAAUAGAAGCAGCACCCACAGCAGCUUGAACACUGACACAGAAUAUGUUCUUCAGGCGGAUGGUUCAGUCACUCCGGUUCAGUUGCUCAAUGUUCAAAAUCUAGUUCUGGAUGAACAGAAGGCAGGCCAGAUCCUGACCUUAGCCCAGGCUCUUCGAGAGCAAGAUAACCCAUCUAAAACUGCAGCCCCUCCCAGAACUAUGCUAGUGCCAGCCAACACUUCCCUGCCUGGCUCCACCUCUGCGAUGCUCCGCCUACAGUUCUGCUCCGCCCAAGCGAUCGCUGAUGGUUCAGCUUCAGCUACUCUUCGCAAAGCUAAACUCCUCUCCCCUCUCUUACCUGCUGGUCCUAUCCGGCUGGACAAUGUAACCACUCUUAACCUCCUCCCUUCCUCUGGUCAGGUGAACACAUUAAAUAAGGAAAAUGAGGAGAUUUUACUUAUCCAUCCUUAUGAGUGCUCUGAGUGUAAUCUGCUGUUUAGCACACCAGAGGAUUUCCUUCAACACCAAGGGGAGCACUUCUUAGGCCAGGACAAAGAGAGUGGGGACACUGGGGUGAUGGUGGGGUAUGAAGAUAUUUCUGGGGCUAAGGAAGAUGAAGGAAGAAGUGAUGGAUCUGAAGAGGGCAGCAAAGUUAUUGCUGGGAGGCGUACAUACACUGCCCGCUCGGCUGGUUUGGGUUUGACACCGUCACCCAGCAAUCUUCGGUGUGAGGAGUGCAAAAGAAAAUUCACCUCUGCCAAUCGGCUUGUGGCACACCUUCGAGUGCAUGAACAAGGAACACAUGAGUGCCCAGAGUGUGAUAAAGUGUUUAAGAAGUUGGUGUCCCUUCAGACUCACAUGCGCACACACUCUGGUGAGGCACGCUUUCUGUGUGUGGACUGUGGACAUGGUUUUACCACAGAAAUUACUCUUAUGAUACAUAGGAAAUCCCAUACAUCUGAGCCACUGCACAAAUGCCCAUUUUGUGCCAAAACCUUCACCAACAUGACCAAGUUCUUGUACCAUCGUCGCACUCACAGAGUAUGUGAGCCGACCGCACCAGUCUCUCAGUUUGUACUGGCCCAGCAGUCACCUCUCUCUAUCAUUCAAAGAGCAAGAGAACGAGAGGCUGCUUGGAGGAAAGAAAGACAAGCGGUGACUAUUCCUCCUAUGGAAGAUGACAGAAAAGAGUCCAGUGGCACAGGUUCUGGAGGUACUGCAGUGGUUUCCCAGUCUUCAGAGCCAACAGAAAAUGGGCUUCAUGCUGAACCCUCAAACACAGAACAAACCCAAAAUGGAGGGAAAAUACAGACAGACGACCCUAACCAUUCAACUGCUGCCAAUGUGGGAGGAGGAGGAGAGGAAGAAAGUAAACUUGGGACUCUUGCUGCUGAGGAAGAGCCAAAGUUCCCUUGCUCUAUUUGUAAAAAAAGAUUCUCCUCACAGGUUCAUCUGUUGCGUCAUCGCCGAACGACUCAUACGACCGAAAGGCGCUUUAAAUGCAACAUCUGCGGGAAACCGUUCAAGAAGCAGAUCCAUCUGCGAAACCACCUGCGCACACACACGGGCGAGCGUCCGUUCCAGUGCAGUGUGUGUGGAAAGACCUUUUCCUCUCUUGCAAAUCUUUCCCGCCAUGGACUUACACACACGGGAGUCCGUCCGUACCGGUGUGACAUAUGCCACAAAGCCUUCAGCCAAUCGUCAAAUCUACGCCAACACCGUCAGCAUCUUCACAGCAACACGACGCCCUCACCCUGUCCAGACUGCUCUGCUACUUUUAUCCGUCCUGCUAAAUUUGUAGCUCAUCGUUUUCUUCACCACCCAGGGUCACCGGCACCUUACCCCUGUCCGCAUUGUUCCGAGGGGUUCUUGCGCAAGCGUCAGCGAGACCUACAUUGCCUGGAGGAGCAUCCCAACCUGACACAGCCACAUGGCAUCUCCCAGGACUCCCAGGUUAGCAGUCAACUGGGCGCGACGGAUAAUACAGAGCAGCUAAGCACUCCUUCGAUGGCGAGACCUAAUCUGGAUUGCACUAUUUGUGGCAAGAGGUUAAACUCUCCUGCAAAUCUCCGCCUGCACCAGCUAAGUCACGGACUUGGGCCCGGCCGGCCACGAGGCUCCAGCUCUGCCACUGGGAAGUCUCAUCCCUGUCCGGUCUGUGGAAAACUUUUUGGUUCAGCCUCAAGCGUUACACUACAUCAGAGAGUACACACCGGUGAGCGUCCGUAUCCUUGUACGAUCUGCGGAAAACGGUUUCGCCAGAACACACACCUGCGGGAGCACCUUUGCACGCAUUCGGGCGAGCGUCCGUUCCGGUGCGAGUUCUGCGAUAAGGGCUUUGUGCAGAGCAUGCAUCUGGCAGAACACCGGCGUACACACACGGGCGAGCGGCCGCAUGCUUGCGGUGAAUGUGGAAAGACCUUCAAGACGGUUUCGAACCUUAGGAACCAUCGUAAGACCCACACUCGCACCCAAAAGCAACAAGAGCCAGAACACAACGCAGAAGCAGUGACUGCUGAAUGUAACACAGCAACUUUUGCUGUUGUGGAAGCUUCUGAGAUGGACCUGGCAACCACGGUACCAGCCUUCUGCCAGCAAGAGCUGCAGCUUGGACAGCCCCAAGUCAUUCAAAUACAGACAUCCAACCUGACACAGACUCAUGGAACUCCCACUAUCAUGUGUAACGAGCUUGGAGAGACUAUAGCCAUCAUUGAGACAAGCGGAGACCUGGCAGAGGCCAUCGAGCUGUACCACAAGGCAUUGGAGAGUGGCAUCAGCAUGGAGGUCCUCACUGUGGACAGCCUGCAGUUAAUGUGAGAGAAGUGAAGAACAGGGCAGCAUUCCUGUGGCCAUCUUCUUGGAGAUUUGAAGAUUGCGAUUAAAAGAAGAGCAUAAGUGAUGUCGGAUGGGUUAGAACAAGUGAAAGCAGAGAUCGAGAGAAAGUGUUCCAAAUUCAAGACAUUGUAUUCAUUUCCAUUAAAGUCACUGAAUGUGUGAACACGCACACCUCAAAUAGCCGCUCCAGUCCAUCCUUUGAGAUAUUUUUCAGCCUUAUUUUCAACUUUUAAAAGACAUUUUUCUAAAUUUAAUUUAACAAUCUGAAAAGAGGGCUGAUUUUAGAGGAUGCAUCUGACUGCUCAGAUCUGUGAUUAGAUGGCUCCUGUUUUGGGACUAGAAAUGGACAGUCUGUCUUACUGAUGACACUCUUGUUCUGGCAUUUGGACAGGGCCAGAUGGAGGAUAUAAAGGCACAGAUUUCUAAAUGAAAGAAUUUCACCCAUGGACAGUAAUGAUUUCCGGUUAACAUUCUAACCUGCAGUUGUUGCAAGGAGGUAGUUUAAGGGCAUUGACCUGAAGAACAAAACAACAGGGAAGAGGGAGUUCAAAACAAGUAAUGGACAGACAUUAUGCACCAUCACCGCAAUGGACACAGGAUUCCCAUGUGUUACAUCUCAUACAUCUCUCGGUCUGUACACUGACUGUUUGUAGCAUUUUUAAUAUUAUGAUGCUGAUUUGGAGAAGUGUUGCAAAUAAACAGUUUCUCUGUUUCCCUUGUAAUCGCUUUGAGGAAAUAACAGCAAUAACGACAUCACCUUAAAGGGA